AUGUCCAGAAGCGCCUCCGGUUACGAUCCAGCUGCUGGUCCGCGCACAACAGGAACCACGACAGUCGUCCGUCCGCGGUCGUCGAUAUACGACAGGAACCUUCAUCGCACAAGACACGAGAUCAGUGUGUCCAGCUUGAGUUUUCUGUUUAUGGAAAUAGUGUCGAUGAACCUGAACCAGGCAAAAAGCCUGAUUGAACUUGAGCGGAAACUAAACAAUCUCGGAUAUUCCAUAGGCGCCAAGGUGCUGGAGCUGGCCUCGCUACGCGAAAACUUCAACAACAACCUCACGUCUUCAGGGAAAUCGAACAUGUCAAAAAGAGAAAUCAAGGUCCUGGAGAUUCUGCAUUUCAUCACUUCUGUUAUAUGGCCUAGCCUUUUUGAAAAACCGGCAGACAAUCUGGAAAAAUCGUCAGAGUCCAACUCUCAAUACAUGAUCAUUGACAAUGCUCCUCUCUUGAUGAAAUAUAUAUCUGUGCCUAAAGAGUAUGAAGGACUAAAUUGCGAGGCCUUUGUGGCCGGCAUAGUGGAGGGAAUUCUUGACUCCACAUUCUUCAAAUGCGAGGUUAGUGCGCACACGGUCCCGUUGGAGGGUCAUCUUGGCCGAACAGUAUAUUUAAUCAAUUUCGACGAGGAGUUGAUCGCGCUGUACAACAGACGCUCCAAUGUACUGAAACCAAAGUCUACGAAUAUUAUUACACCUAGAGCAAAAGCCUUUGAGGUGUUGUCUAUUUCUCCUGAAGCGUCAAGGGUGAUUGGCCAGUCAACUUUGGACGCCCUUCCGGGAGCCAGAACUCCGCCAAUGCUGGUGUACAGUUCGAGCUCUGUGCUGAACGAGAACAAUCUUUCCGUGACAUCUACCCCUUUCAGGGCUCCAAUUGUUGAGCUUCCAGAACACUUCGAUGAUGAACAAGGCAAGGACAGCAUGUUUGUAAACUUCCUCAGUCGUUUCGAGCGUAGAAACUCAAGGGCUACCAAAAAAGUUGGUUUUGAAGACCAAAAAGACCAGACAAAAGAAAGAAAGCCCAAGCCAUUCAAAAAAAUCAAAAAACAGAACAAGUCGGGUUCUGGAGAUCUUCUGGGUCUCAAUCAUACUAACCACCAAGUUACACGAUUUCUCGCUAUUGACAGAAAGAAGCUCAAAAUGUGGACUCGCCGCGAGUUCGAGCUAUUCGUGAGUUUCAGAAUCACUGGCUGA